AUGAAAGCUUUCCAGGAAAAAAAGAAAAAAGAUGUAAAAAUUUGGGACGUUGCUGUUGCUAUUGCAGUGCUGGACUGGGGCAUCCAUUCUGGUCCCUUUGUCAAAGAACAUAUCCUUCAGUACAGGUCCCCUCGGGCGUCUCCCUCCUCCUCCCCUCGGGUGUCUCCCUCCUUCCCUUGGAGUUCUCCCCUGGCCCCGCCCCCUGCCAUCCCUUGUGGGCGGGACUCGCCGCUGGAACGCGACGGUUGCCUAGGGGACGGGGCAGCUUUGGAGGGGGCUGCUCAGUGUUUGUCUAGCUGGGCUGAGGGAGCGGGGCGGCUGGAGCGAGCCCCCCGAGGGCCGGGGGACACUGUUUGUGGGUCAGUCGGUCGUUCCUCCUCUUGGGUGGGCGGCACUUCGGCGACUGGAGAGGGGGCGAUGAGCCGGUACGGGCCUCGAUGCUCCGGGGCUUCCAGGACGGUGCUUUCUAAGGCUCCAAGAAUGCUAAAAGUAAUUGGCCCUGAAGGUGAAGUGUUUUUGGAAGCUGACUUGAAAAUUUCAGGGCGGAAUUGUUUAGACAGACCAGAAACUACUAAGGAACCAAAGGAUAGACACUAUGGCAAAUUGCAGGUGCUUGAUCCAAAUGAAGAAGUGGUUAUUGAACCAGCUGAAGCAAUGUCACGUAAAGUACUCUUGGGAAGCAGACGAGAAUUGACAAGCAAACCUUACAUGGCAACAACAAAAUCCUCUCUAAGUAUAGCUAAGAUAUCCUCAGAAAAGCCGUGGAGUUCCACAGUCUCUUCAGAACUCAAGUUUCGGGUCGCCCAUAGAGUCACGGAGGGCUAUGGAGACGGGCAUGAACUAUCAAGCAAGCUGGAGGAAGGCAGACCGUCAGAUGCACUGAGUGGACCUUCUGUAGAGGACGUAUGGAAGAAAAUUUCCUCGAAGAGUAGUGAAAAUAAGGAUUUCUUUACAAAUUCAGACAAUAAGUUGUGUUCAUCUUCCUUCUUACGAGAAAAAACAGAUAGUCCAGCUCCAAGUUACUCUGCUUCCAUGGAAACCACCUCUCAGGAUGGUCCACGCUGUGACAGCUCUGGAGAUACAGGUCAAGAUAUAGAAGUUGCAAAAAAUAAUGAGGACUCCUCACAAAGUCCUGAUGACAGGCUGUCAGAAACUGCAGAAGAUGACGAAGAGAAGCAAUAUAUUGAUGAAUAUGUUGGGGAAAAUGUUGCACCAUUGGAGUUAAUGACAGAGUUCCUAAGAGCAGUAAUGAGCCGAAACUACGCUGUGGCAAAAAAAUUAUGUCAAUUGAUUCUGAUCUAUGAACCAGAAAAUCCUGAAGCCAAAGAGUUUUCCUCACUGAUUGAAGAAAAGUUGCUAAUGGAAAAAAGCCAUGCUGGAGAAGAAGAAAGUGACGAUAGUAGUGGUGAUAGUGAAGAAGACAGCAGUGAUGAUAAUGAUCAAAGUGAAGACAGUUCUGAUGAAUCUGAAGAUAUAUAAAAAAUCCUAUGACUUCCAUGG